AUGGCCGAGAACCUGCCCACUUCUGGGUCUUCCACCCUCCCACCUCCGCCUCCGCAAGCAUCUUCUGCUUCGGGUCAGCAGUAUGAUUCCUCUCAGGGCAACGGCCAAGCCAAUCCUUCCCACAUGCCACCCCCGCCUCGUCCGCCUGUCGUGAUUCCCCAGAACACCAAUCCUAUCCCAACUGCUAUGACGUCCCCGAUGUCUGGGAACAUGAUGUCCCCGACCAGUGCUGGUGGAUAUGUGCGCCGGGCCGCCCCCGAACCAAACAAGAGAGCUCUGUACGUUGGAGGACUUGAUCCAAGGGUGACUGAGGAUAUCCUGAAGCAAAUCUUCGAGACCACCGGUCAUGUCCAGAGCGUGAAGGUCAUCCCCGACAAGAAUUUCAACAGCAAAGGAUACAACUACGGUUUUGUCGAAUAUGAUGACCCUGGCGCGGCUGAGAGGGCUAUGCAGACCCUCAACGGCCGCCGAAUCCACCAGUCGGAAAUUCGAGUGAACUGGGCUUACCAGUCGAAUUCCACGAACAAGGAAGAUACUUCUUCUCACUUUCACAUUUUCGUCGGCGAUCUAAGCAACGAAGUCAAUGAUGAGAUCCUGCUCCAGGCCUUCUCCGCUUUCGGUUCGGUGUCAGAGGCUCGCGUCAUGUGGGAUAUGAAGACUGGUCGUUCCCGUGGCUAUGGCUUCGUUGCCUUCCGUGAACGUACUGAUGCAGAGAAAGCACUGAAUGCCAUGGACGGCGAAUGGCUCGGUUCGCGUGCCAUUCGCUGCAACUGGGCUAACCAGAAGGGACAGCCUUCUAUUUCUCAACAGCAGGCUAUGGCGGCCAUGGGCAUGACUCCCACUACACCCUUUGGCCAUCACCACUUCCCUACGCAUGGGGUCCAAAGCUACGACAUGGUCGUCCAGCAGACCCCACAGUGGCAGACUACAUGCUAUGUGGGUAAUCUAACUCCGUACACUACGCAGAACGACCUUGUCCCUCUCUUUCAUAAUUUUGGAUAUGUGCUUGAGACGCGCCUUCAAGCAGACCGUGGAUUCGCCUUUAUCAAGAUGGAUACACACGAAAAUGCUGCGAUGGCUAUUUGCCAAUUGAAUGGGUACAAUGUUAACGGACGUCCUCUGAAAUGCAGUUGGGGUAAGGACCGUCCUCCUACCGGCCAAUUCGACAAUUUCUCUGGCCAGCAACCCAAUUCACCCUUCAACUCCAGUCCAGCUACAUACUUCCCUCAAUACGGUGGCCCUGGAGCUCCUAUUACCCCUCAGGGCCCCACUCCUGCUGGGCGAGGCUGGGAGCAAGGGGGAAUGACUGGCCAAGGAUAUGGCCAGGCCCCCCAGAAUGCGAGCUUCGGCCGCGGACAGGCCACACCCAACUCUGGCUGGAACCAGCCAAACAACGGCAGCUUUGGAAAUGGCUUUGGGGGCUACCAAGCGUAG